AGUGUUGACACUGGUUCUGGUUCCUCUGGCUGAGGUUGUCUCGCGUAUCUAUAGUAAAGGAUAUGUAAUACUUUAUGAAGAAAAGGAAGAGAGAGAGAGAAAAAGAGAGAGAAAGAGGUAGAGGGAGAUGUUUCCCCCACCUUACCUACCUUCGAGAUUUUUAUAUCAACAUUUAGUGUAUCCCAGAACACCGUAGGCUUUACAGUGUUCUCGCGAGCUUGAACACUUUUUAAGCAUUUUUUAUUGAUCAUUUUGUUCAGUUUUAUUUUAUUUUUUUUUAUAUUUUCAUUUUUUAUUUUUUACUUUUUAUUAUUACUUUUGAAUAAUAGUGAUCGUUUAGUGAUCGACCAUCGAAUAGAUCGUAAAUUAGGCUUCUCCAAUUCGAUAUUUCGUUGAAGUUCUAUUACGAAGGUUGUGUUCAUCGAGAGUAAGUAUGAAGAAAGGAGAAGGGAAAGGGUAAUGAAAUAAAAAAAAAAAAAAAAAAAGAAAAAAAUAAUACUAAUAAAAAGGAAGGAAAGGAGGGGGGUCGGCAGAGACAGACGACGUGUCGGAUUAUCCGUUGGUGGCCGAUCGAAACCGAGAAAGCGAGCUGUUCUAAGGUUUCCUCGGAUAGCACGGUGAAGCCAAGUCGUGGAGUCCGAGUUGUAACGGGAGCGAGACUGAUAGAAAGAGAAAGAAAUAGAAAUAUAGAAAGGAAAGGAAAGUAAAAAGAAAAAUAAGAAGAAAAAGAAGAAGAAGAGGAAGAAGAGAGAAAGAUUACAUACAACAUAUUCAUAUAUAUAUAUAUAUCCCCCUUUUUUCUUUCCUCUUCCUCAGAGGUUCAAACAAAGUAUUUUAAGUGUCUCGGCGUCACGUGUCUAUCAUGGAUCAUGGUAAUGGAAGUGGAAACGAGGCUGGCAGUUCACCAGACACCGUACUAGCUCGUUCUUCAUCAGACGAGGAUAGACGAAGAAAUCCUGAAAGUACUUCCGGUGAAUACGUCACUGUUGCCGAUAGCAGCUCAAGUUUGGAUACUUUAGCUGGUCAACCGUGUACGACAUCGACUACUGUCAGUACGGUUACUAAAAGUAGUAAUACUUUACCAAACGAGGAAAAAAAGAAAGGUGGUGGUGGUGGAGGAGGAGGAGGAGGAGGAGGGAGAGGUGGAGGAAGAUUUGGUAUAUUGAAGAAUAGCUUUAGGAAGGAUGGUGCUGGAUUGUUUAAGAUGAAGAAGAAGACCACUCGUGGGAUGGAAGAAACUGGUGAUGGUACGACUAUCGAGCUUGAUCCUGAUUCUAAAGACGAUAAAGACUCAAGUCGCAAGAAGGUACUACGUAGUCGACAACAACAGGAAGAAACGGAGGAUGAUCAAAGGACUGCAUCGACUACUGUUACACCUGGUAAUAGUCCUGGUGCGACGUUGAAGAAGAAAAAGUCACAUUCUUUAGUACGGAGAUUAAGUUUCAAUAAAUUUCGAUUGUCAACGGAUCAAUCGCAACAACGAUCCCAACAACAAAUCGAAGCGAGAAGGACACCUGACGGUGGUGACAGCAGCCAAUCUCAAAGCCAAUCCUCUCAAGACUCGCCGAGUCACUCGGACAGCCCCAAGAAAUUUACUAGGAAGGGAUCAGACGUUGAAAAAAGUGUCUUCAGGGGUAUACGGCAUCGUUCUAAAGCCGACUCUGAACUAGUAGGGGAGAGGGAAGGAGGAGAGAAGAAGGGAGAAACGAAGAAACCGGAGAUGCUGAUCGCGAAACCGGUGAGCACUGUCACUGUAGUACAACGCAGGUCUCCGUCGUUGACCAUCAGGAGUGUUCCUAAGAGUUCUCAGCAACACGAAUCACCGGAUCAACUGAGUACAGAACAAGAAAGGAAAUCCGAAAUCUAUUGUACAUCUACUUUACCCUACGCAAUAUCAAAAUGGCCGGAUCAACGAAAGGAAUCAACAUCGUCGGAGGUGCCGAGGCCAAAGAGAUUAUCGACAAAAGCCGAGUCUGAUGACGGUGGUACUAAUACGAGGAAAACUUCGCCUGUAGAAUUACGUAGAAAAUUGUCGUUGUUGGAAGAGAAACGUGCGAUAUUUCAACGUAGAUUAUUCGAGAGUACGAGAGACAUUAGUGAUUCUGGUGAAACGGUAAUAGCUGUUACAUUAGACGAAGAUCGUGGUAAGAAAUACGAGGUAGACAAAUCCCAUGAUUUCGAUUUGGAGGACGAAAGGGAAGAGAGCACAAAUACGUCGAAGAAAAAGGCAAGACACAUCAGCGUAAGAAAGUUCGAUACUUUUUCGACGUUCGAAGGUACUUUUGACGAGGAUACUGGAUUGGGUUAUUUAGCUGGCAUCGAAGAGGAUUAUACUGAGAGUUACGAUAGGCAGGACGACGAAUACGCCAAGUUACAAUCAGCCAUGGCACCGAUGUUGGCAGCUGCCAAUGAUAAUAUUGAAAAAGCGAGAUCUAUCAGCCAGGAAAGUGCGUCGUCACAGAACAAUGCUCCAAAUAUUGGAGUUGGAGAGAAGAGGGAGCAUUUGUACAAGAUAUUGGUAAUCGGUGAAUUGGGAGCCGGAAAGACAUCGAUCAUCAAACGAUACGUACACCAAUUCUUUUCUCAACAUUAUCGUGCAACGAUAGGCGUUGAUUUUGCAUUGAAAGUUCUUAAUUGGGAUCCCCAUACCAUCAUCAGACUUCAAUUAUGGGACAUAGCAGGUCAAGAAAGAUUUGGAAAUAUGACAAGGGUAUAUUACAAGGAAGCAGUAGGUGCUUUCAUAGUGUUCGACGUGACGAGAAGCGCUACUUUGGAUGCUGUGGUCAAAUGGAAACAAGAUCUCGAUUCUAAGGUACAACUUCCGGAUGGUUCACCGAUACCUUGUGUACUUUUAGCGAAUAAAUGUGACCAACAGAAGGAAGGUUUGGUCAAUACGCCAAAUAAAAUGGACGAAUAUUGUAAAGAAAAGAAUUUUGUUGGCUGGUUUGAGACAUCAGCUAAGGAAAAUAUUAAUAUUGAGGAGGCUGCAAGAUUUCUUGUAAAUAAGAUACUUCAAAACGAUCAGAUCAUGAGAGGUAAUGAUUCGCAAGAUCAAAACGACGGUGAGAGAUUUGCGUUGAAUCAAUCACCUGUCAGUUCAAAAAAAUCUUGUUCUUGCUGACGAUUUAGAAACUGGUCGAGAAUCGAAGUUCAGGUCGGUUCUAAUUAUUCUUUCAUCGUAUUCGUCAUCGUUUUCGUCGUUGAUCAUCAUCUACUUCGACUCAGUGCACUCCAUCUUAGAAGAAAAAGAAAAAAACAAAAUCAACAAACGGAUCAAAUAGAUAAAAAUAAGAAAGAUAGAACCUCGUUGUUCAGUAUCGUUUUAUUAUCAAGUUAUUGUGACUUUUAAUUAUGGCUUCUUCUCUCGUAAACGAGAAAUAACAUUCCAACAAAUAUUUCUAAAAUUUAUGUAUAUAUAAUAUAUAACUAACAAUCAUUACUAAACUAUCUAAUCGAUUUUUUUAAUACAGCUUUAUUGAAAGACAAUGUAGACAAAUGGAAAGGCUGGAUUAUGUUUUAAGAAGGGAGGGACGGUGGGAGGGAAAGGAAUAGGGGCGUUGUUAUUUUACUCCAGUCUUUUUUUAUGUAUUCACAAUAUAAUAAUGCGUAUGAAUAGUUUAUGAAAAAAAAAAAGAAAGAACUAUUCACAUUAUAUUUUAUUUUACCUAUCUCAAAAUACUUAAUCGUUAAAAAUCUUCUUCAUCUCUCUCUAUAUAGAUUUGUAUUUAAUCGAUAGACUGAAUGAGCGCAGCAACACAUUUUUUUUAUUCUAAAAUCAAUCUGUAAAGAGAAGAGAGACUCUAACAUCACAUUCCAUUAUUUCUAUAUAUAGUAAUGAUAAGAUCUAAUCAGACUAAAAUAGUGAUUAAAAUAAGCGACUAGAAUCUGGAGUAGCUCUUGGAGACAGCUUAAUAAUAAUCGCUAAAGCAUUGAAAUUGUUAUUCUUAAGAUAAUAAAUCUCUAUCUAAAAAAAGUAAAAAAGAAAGAGAUAUUGUUAAGAAAUGUAAUGUCGAUAAUUGUAAAGAUUUAGAUAUUAAAUGAUAUGAUCAUUCUAUGA